AUGUUUGACUUGAAUAUAAGUUUGGUUUUCAUAUUUUCUGUAAUUGUUUUAAAUGCGAGUCAAUGCGGGGCUAAAUCCGAUGACAGGAGUAGUGUCCAAAUCGGUGAUAAUGAGUACAUCGGGUCCGAGAAAGUGGUUUUAGAUAAGACUGUCCACGUAUUCACUGGUAUCCCAUACGCGGAACCGCCGCUACAAGAGUUACGGUUUAAGAAACCAUUGCCUGUGACGAGGAAUGGCGUGUUUGAGUCCAAUGAGUGGCCCAAAGCCUGUCCACAGAUUGAUACUAAUGUCCCACAGAGUGAAGACUGUCUUAAACUCAAUGUAUGGACGACUGACUUGAGCGCAUCCAAGCCGGUGAUGGUGUGGUUUCAUGGCGGAGGCUUUCAGUACGGGUCCGGACAUAACGGUGAGGUAUUGGCGGUCGCCGGCGAUGUAGUGGUCGUUACCCUAAACUACAGGUUAGGAGCGCUCGGCUUCUUGUAUGGGGACAGGGAUGACGCGCCCGGAAAUAUGGGUCUCUGGGAUCAAGUGCUGGCUCUGGAGUGGGUUAACGACAAUAUCCGAUACUUCGGCGGUAAUCAACAGCAGAUCACACUUUUCGGGUUCAGUGCCGGCAGUCGUUCAAUAAGUUUACACCUAUUGAGUGAACACUCGCGACAACUGUUCCGAAACGCGAUUAUGAUGUCCGGCUCAGCCCUGUCGUUGCUGACCAACUCAGACAAGUCUUAUGUCCACAAUAUUUACCUUAAAUUAGCCAAACAUGUCGGAUGUAGUGCCGGCGACACUGGUUUUACCGACGAUGUGAUGACAUGUCUGAGAGGUGUUCCCCACGAGAAGUUAGUGUCGGCCCAACACUCGGCCGAAGUGCUCGACUCGAACUUCGCUUUCUUUCCCAACUAUAUCUUCGGCGACCCAUUCAUGAGAGAGGGUCCGCUCGAUAUGGUUGACCACAAAGAGACCAAAAAGAAGAUUAAUCUCUUGUUGGGCACCACUGAGGACGAGGGCUCAUGGAUCUGGAAUAAGAUCAAUGAGAACAAGGCGUUGACUCAUUUGACAAAAACCGAAGCCAUCGAGGAAUUGGAGUCAAUAUUUAAUGGUCUUAAAGUUGAUCCCAAAAUUGAUGGCCAAUCUGUGGCCAAGUUUUAUAUGAAUAAAAUCCCGGACACUAAUCCCGAUGUGUUUAUGAAGACUGUGGGCAUAGCUGUGGGCGACUUCUUCAUCACAUGUCCUGCUCUUAAGUUCGCAGAUAUUAUCUAUAGAGCGGAUCCAAAGCAUAACAAAGUCUAUGGAUAUUAUUGGACGAGCAAAGGUAGGAGUUGCGAUGAGUGGGCCGGUGCUUGUCAUGGAUCAGAUGUGGGACCAGCUCUUGGUUAUCCAUUCAGAUCGACAAAGAGUUCUGAUUUGCAAAGAGAUGUUUCGAUGAAUUUUAUGAAAACAAUCGCAUAUUUUGCUAAAUAUAAGUGA